AUGCAGGCUCAUGAUCAAACACCAACUCAACCCCAGACCUCUAAAAGGGUCCAACGCAAGAGUAAAUCGCGUCUCGAAUUUCGGUCUUCAUGCGAUUCAUGCUCCUCAUCGAAAGUACGUUGCACCAAAGAACAGCCGCAUUGCUCUCGCUGUGUCCACAACGGCUUGAAAUGUAUCUACGGUCGAUCGCUAAGAAGGGGAAAACCGCCAUCCAGCAAGCCCCUUACCCAAGUACCCUUCUCAUUUCCGCUAUCGCAACCAUCGCUAUCUCAACCAACGACUACACGGGCGAAUUUACCGCUAAAUAAAAACACCAACUACAACUACGCUUGUCCCUGGUCUAGGUCGCCCAUGUUUCCGACCAACAACAGUGCAAUUCCAAAUAUCGAAGAAUUGCCCGACGAGUUGGAAGGGAUAGAUUCCAAUGAGGUACAAGCCUGUCAGGCCACAUCGGAAGUGACGGACAGGGAAGAUCUUGGUCUACUGUACGGCACGGAACAAGAUUGCCAAGAUGACUAUAAUAACGAAUCCGAGACCCUGAAUGAAGAAGAAGAAGAGAGCUAUAUGGAGAAUGAUGGGCUAGCAGCCCCAGAAAAACAGGAUGAACCAUGUGUGGUUGUGGCUUGCAAUACGCUGUCAUCUCUAUCCCAAUACGUGCCUCCCGGCUGUGGGAACGGUCCUCCUGGGCAACAAACUUCAGAAAGUCAUUUGGCAUUUCUCAUGAUUCGAUCGGCCACGGAGAAGAUGAAUCGGCUACUGGAUUGCAAGUGUGUCCCCUGCUCACACGAUCCAUCCAUACUGAUGGUGAUAAACGCGGUCCUCUUCAAGAUCUUGACUUGGUAUGAAUUUAUCUACCAAGCCGAUAUUCAAAGUCAUAUCAAUGUGCCCGAUUUUUCGCAAAAUGACAAGAACUUUUCGUUACCUCGGGAUUUUGAAUCCAAUAGCAGCCGUUACUCUCCUACCAGUUACUCUCCCAACCAGUCUUCCCGAUCAGGCGACAGCAUUCCGGAUUCCUCUUAUAGAAUCCCAUUGAAAUUUGACUCGCUCAAUCUUCCUCAGAUGACAGAGAGGAGAUUGAAGGCUCAGCUCAUGCUAUGUGAGUUGCAACCUUUAAAUCAAGCAUGUAGACUCCUACAUCGGCGGGCUCAGGCUAUAGAGGAUCCAACGGGCAAUGAAAAUAUUCGUCAUGGAUCACGCUCUGUCUUGCAACAAAGGACGAGGGAUUUACAGAAAAAUUUGAGUGAGAUUUGUACAAAGUCCACUGUUGUUUAG